AUGGAUGAGCAAGAGAUUCUCGAAAUGUCCUUCCAAAGCGAAUUCCAGGACUCAGAAAAAAUGAAGUCGCAGGGAAAGACUCCUCCUGUCAGCCCAUUUAAGUCUCACACUAACAUCUUUCUGGACCCACCACCGCUGAAUACCUCCCCUGCUCCCCAUACAGAAUCUAAAGCAUUUGCUGCUCCUGCCCCAGAGACAGUUGAUGCAGAUACUCUCCCUGCUCCCAGUCUUGAGACAACACUAGGGAGACCGACCAAGCCGUUGAAAAACUUUUCCCAACCGCUAAUCCUUUAA